AUGGCGCUCCCACUCCGGACCAGAGCGAUACCCCAACGCACAUCAUGUCUCCGCAGCUAUACACCCUCCAGCUAUACAUACUCCUCUCCACCCGAGUCAUGCGCACUGAAGCAGCAGGUUAGGGGCAAGAAGAAGAUGGCCAACAACUCUGCGACUACAACAGUGAGGCUGCUGAGGAACGUGCCGGGCUUCGGCAAGAGAGGUACUAUGCUACCAGUUGGUAAGACGUCCUGCGACUGUACUGACACCACCCAUAGGCGCCAUCGUCCCUGUCCCGACCGGCCACAUGCGAAACAGAUUCUUCCCGCAGCGGAUCGCAGAAUACAUCACCGUUCCCGAACUGCGAACGAUCCGCGCCUCCAAUGUUCCCAUCGAAAGAGACUACGCCUUUGGACAGCAGCAGAAAAAGCCGGUGGCCGACGUGGAUUCGGAGCAAGGAUGGGUACCUGGAAUGCCGCUGACUGAUCCAACACAGACGGCGAAAGAGAAAGAAAGGGAGUUAGCGCCCGAGAAGCUGGAUCCGGAGAGGGGCACACAGCUGCUGGAGAUCUUUGUGAAACCUGUUCUACAGUUCUACCGACAACCGAUUCUCGAGGAGGCAGAGCCGGAACCGGAGGGACCCGCAUCGGAGCCGAAGCGGGAGAGGCAAAGAACCGCGUCCAGUGCUGCAGCAGAUUUGCUCGCCGCGAGAACAGCAAAACCUAAGCCGAAGCCAGCUGGGCCGCAAGGCAUCUAUGGAUCGGUAUCCACCCACGACAUUCUUGUGCACGUCCGUGCUGCCCUUGCCACCAACGAUGAGGCUGCCAGGGUUAUUCUGGGGGAGGAAGACAUCAGGUUCUUGGACAGAGAAGUUGAGACAGAGAGGAAAGUGAAACAUGUCGGAGAUUUCACAAUCGAAAUUCGGGUCAAGGGUGCCGCGGAGGCGAUCAAGCGGACUGUGCGAGUAACUCCACAGGAAGCAUGA